GUGGGGGGUAGGGUAAGAGCGUGGGCUGGGAUCCCCCACUCUCCGAGCGACGACGAACUGUGUGUAGAGUGUGCCGGGGUGGCGGCCGGCUGAGAAGUUCCCUGCGUGAAGUGUGCGCGCCGCAAGAUGCGUGCCGGCGAGCGACGCUCGGAGCCGGGCAGAUUUGUGAGUAGGCGCGGCGAGGCAUAGGGAGCCAAACGCAUCCCGUCUCGCGGCAAUGCCGCUCUCCUGGCUGCUGGACGGAUGCCCGCCGCUCAGCGCGCUGUUGAGCCGUCUGGCGGGGGGCAAGAGGGGGGCGCCCGCCGCCGUUCCAGUCACGCUUGACUUUGAAUCCCCUUCGCCCCCGGGGCCUCCCAACGAGCGGCUCCCGACGGACAAGGAGCCUCCGCGCACGCCCCCGCCGCUGGCCUCCGCCGAGCCGUGUGCCGCGGGAGCCGGUCCCGUGGAGCCGGAACCGAGCGUGGCGACGGGCGCGGUGACAAGCGCGGUCCCGCAUACAGACAGGGACUCAAACUCCGACUCGGACCGAAAAUCCGUCUCGGACCUAGAACCCGGCUCGGGCCCUGAAACCAACACCCGCCCAGAUGCCGACCCGGACCCAGAUCCCGCAGCGGCCCCGGAGCCGAGUGCCGCCCCCGAGUUGCACAAGACUGGGCCCGUUACAUGGUCGGCCCCGGCACGCGCGGUGACUCACCGGCCCGAGACGAAACCGCCGGAAUGCAGCCGAUCGGAGCCAGCCGACGACUUCUGGUUGGACCCUCCUGAGAUGUUGUUUGCGUCAAUGCGGCACCUGGAGCCUGACGAGGAGCCCGACGAGGUGAACCUUGAAGACUGGGGGUGUCUGUCACGCCGCUUCGACGCCCACGACGCUGGGGAGAAGCUCUGGGAACGACGGAACGAGGACUUGAGCACUGCUGCGAUGGUGCCCGCUCUGUCCAGCGCCGCGUCUCUGUCACCGUCUCUGUCUCCAUCACCGGGGUUGGAACCGACGCUGGAACCGACACUGGAACCGGCGCUGGAAUCGACGCUGGAACAUGCUAUGGAACUAUCCCUGGAAUCGGCAAUGGAGCUAUCUCUAUGCCACGUGGACGGAGCGGCACCGGCAGCGGCUGAAGCGAUUGAUUGGGACUUCCAGUGGGAGCCGUGCGAUGGGUACGGAGGGGCCAGGGUGGAUGCACGGGGGGGCGAGAGCCCGGAGCCAGGCGAGGAGGGCGAUGAGGGCCACUCGGAGCCCGAGGGGCUGGUGGGCUCUGACGACGAGGAGCAGGAGGACCCUGCAGACUACACGAAGGGGGGCUACCACCCUGUGAAGAUUGGGGAUCUGUUCAACGGACGCUACCAUGUCGUGCGCAAGCUGGGGUGGGGCCACUUCUCCACCGUGUGGCUCUGCUGGGACAUGCAGGUGAAGUGGUUUGUGGCGCUCAAGGUGGUGAAGAGCGCGCCGCACUACACGGAGACAGCGCUCGACGAGAUCAAGCUGCUGAAAUGCGUGCGGGACGGCGACCCCAAGGACCCGAACCGGGAGAAGGUCGUGCAGCUGGUGGACGACUUCAAGGUGUCCGGGGUCAACGGCCUCCACGUGUGCAUGGUGUUUGAGGUGCUGGGCCACCAGCUGCUCAAGUGGAUCAUCAAGUCCAACUACAAGGGGCUGCCCCUGCCCUGCGUCAAGAGCAUCAUCCAGCAGGUGCUUCAAGGUCUGGACUACCUGCACACCAAGUGCAAGAUCAUCCACACAGACAUCAAGCCCGAGAACAUCCUGCUGUGCGUGGACGACGCCUACGUGCGGCGUCUGGCGGCCGAGGCCACGCAGUGGCAGCAGCAGGGGGGGCCGCCCCCUUCCGGCUCCGCCGUGUCGACCGCACCGCAGCUCAGGGGGAGCGACGGGAAGCUGUCGCGUAACAAGAAGAAGAAGCUGAAGAAGAAGCAGAAGCGGCAGGCGGUGCUGCUGGAGCAGCGGAUGCAGGACAUCGAGGUGAUGGAGCGCGAGGCGCAGGAGGUCAAGGGCGACUCGCCCAGCGAGGCCGUCGCCUCGCAGGAGUCGCCGCAGGAGCCGCCCUCCCUCGCCGCCGCCGCCCUGCGUGCGCAGAGGGACGAGCCGGAGGAGAUGGAGCAGGAGGAGGGGGACAAGGCGGCCGCCGGCGUGGGGCGGCGGGCGGCGGAGGAGGAGGAGGACGGUGACGAGCAGAGGAAGGAGGAGGCGGUGGUGACGUCUCUGGGAUGCCCCCCGGACGCCGAGCGAGGGGCCGCGCGUGGCGACGCGUCGGCCACGGCCACGGCCAGGGCCACGGCCAGGGCCGCGGCCACGGACGACAAGGAGGAGGUCGCCGAUGGGGCGCCGGCACGGGACGGGGUUGUGGCCACGGCGGCCGAUUUGCCCGGAGGUGAGGCGCGGGCCGCCCUCGACGUUGAGCCUCCCCCAGAGACUACCCACAAUGCUUUGCUGCUGCACGAUGCUGUAGGGACACAGGCGGGCGAGUGUUCCCACGAUGCCGUGCAGCUGCAGGCGACGCUGCUGGAGCUGGAUGACAUGGCGGACGAGGCCGAGGAAUUCGGCGAGGCGGCGGGAGCCGGGGAGGGAGCCAACGACGUCGCGGAGGACCGCCCGCUGUGCAACGGUCGCGCCCACAGCCCCUCCUCCGCGUCCCAGCUCUCCCCGCGGGGGUCGGGGUCGGGGCUCUCGUCCCCCGCCUCCGAGGGGGGGGGCCGUCCGACGGCGGCCGAGGUCCCCGCCGACGCGGGGCCCGCGGAGGGUGGCGGCGACGGCCGGGGAGACGAGGGGACCGCGGGGAGGCGAGGGCCUGGGGUGGGGGGUGAGCAGCAGCGGCAGGAGGAGCGCGGCGAGCGGAGCCGCGUGAUGUUGCCGUCCGGAGCGGGAGACGCUUCCCAACUGCCGCCGUCCUCGGCCGACCUCGUGGUGAAUCUGCUGGACCCCGGCAACGCCGAGAAUCUCACCAUCAAGAUCGCCGACCUCGGCAACGCUUGCUGGGUGCACAAACACUUCACGGAGGACAUACAGACGCGGCAGUACCGCGCGCCGGAGGUGCUGAUUGGAGCCGGCUACGGCGUCGCCGCCGACAUCUGGAGCACGGCGUGCAUGGCGUUUGAGCUGGCAACGGGCGACUACUUGUUUGAGCCGCACUCGGGGGAGGACUACUGCCGAGACGAGGACCACAUCGCCCUGAUCACAGAGCUGAUGGGGAGGCUUCCCAGGAAGUACGCGCUCUCGGGGAAAUACUCGAAGGAAUUCUUCACCAAACAAGGCGAUCUGCGCCACAUCACCAAGCUGAAGCCGUGGGGGCUCUUCGAUGUCCUCGUGGAGAAGUACGAGUGGCCGCUGGAGCAGGCCGCCAUGUUCACCGACUUCCUGCUGCCCAUGCUGGAGGUGUUGCCCGAGAAGAGAGCCUCGGCCACACAGUGCCUCAAGCACGCGUGGCUCGGCUGCUAGCACCAGCGGCCCGCCCGCCCGGACCGACAAAAGUUUGUCGGCCUCGCCGCUACUCCCCGCGUGAUCUUACUAGCCUAGCCGGUCGGUCAGUCGAGUAACGUAAAGCCUACGGGCGCAGUGUUUCUGCGCAAGCCGACCGGCACGCGGGGCCUUGCGCUGAACUGCUGUGCCCCUUACCCUGCUGUGGGGCGGUACCAGGCGCCGUCACGAUGCGCGCUCCCUCGCCCGCUUCUCAUAGCUGUGCUAUGUUCCGCACGCCUGCUAGGGUCCUGCCGACCACUGCGUUAGCACCCCGAACCUCGAGCAUCAGUGACCCCCCCCCCUCCCCGCCCCCCGUGGGGGAGCCGGCUGACGUGUUGACGGGAACCUCCAGGGGUGGCCCCUCCUCCCCUACCCUGGCCUGCGGUAGCAACAUCGGCAGUGGAGAUGAAUAAGCAAUACCUGAGCCGCCCGGAAUCAAACGCGUUUUGAAGGCAGCGUCGGCCCCCGUCGUGGUUCGACAGGAGCGCCCUGUGGCGCCCGUUCGCUUGAGCUUGGUGUGGGUUGGUCGGCUGCCUACCGCCUGCGCCUUCCGUUAUUCUCACCGUGCACAUUUCUUCUCUUUUUGUAAUAAUUCCGUGUGCCGUUUUUUUGUUGUGAAUCUAAAGUGCAGCCACCUUUAGAGCAUGCUGCAGUUCAGGACUUAUGAAAUAAAGUUUGUUAUCUAGUAA